CUCAGCGCGGUAUAUUUCUCAUGUCGUCAGCCAACAAUGCGCUGUAGCCGUCGUGACUGAAAACAAUGACCGAUGCCGGGUUUUUUCGCGGGACGAGCGCAGAGCAAGAUAACCGCUUCACUGACAAACAGAAAAAGCUCCUGAAGCAAUUGAGAUUUCAUGAUGUCCUCACUAAGAGAGUUGACAUGACCAAAGUGAACCUGGACACCAUCAAGCCAUGGAUCACGAGAAAGAUAACGGAUUUACUUGGGAUGGAGGAUGAAGUCGUGGUCGAGUUUGUCUUUAACCAACUAGAGGCAGACAAGCACCCAGACCCACGGAUGAUGCAGAUCAACCUGACAGGCUUCCUGAAUGGCAAGAAUGCCCGUGACUUCAUGGGUGAGCUGUGGAGCCUCCUGCUCAGUGCACAGGAGACUGUCGGUGGCAUUCCUGCCGAGAUCCUUGAGGAGAAAAAGGCUGAGAUCAGGAGGCGCCAGGAGGAGCAAGAGAGAAUGCACGACAGUGCUAAACGAGCAGAAGAACGGGAACGUGAGAAAAUGGUUGAAAGGGCAAGGGAGGCAGCAGCAGCAUCCCUGCGAGACCGGUCGCCUGAGAAGCCAAAAGAGCGACCAAACCAUACUGAAGUCAAGCCAAAGGAAAAGCCAGUCGAGGAGAAGCCACCCAGGGUGUUUGUCGAGAAGGAGCCUGAGCCUGCGCCUCGGAAAGAGUCGUCAGAGCCAAAGCCCAGGGAGAAUGCGUUUUCUCUUCUCAGGGCUGCGUCACCAUCUGGCGAAGCACGGAAAGACUCUGCAGAAAAACACAGGCCUGAGAGCCCACGAAGACAGCGCGCUUCUCCAGCCAAAGAUCGGCGUCGCAGGUCCCGAUCGCCGAGGAGGUCACGCAGUCCACGUAGGCGUAGGUCCCCUCACCAUGGCAGGCAUCCUCCACACCAUCACCGAAGCCCAGAGUCUCGAAGGCACAGGCGGCGUCGUUCCGAGUCUCCAGCCAGGUCCACUUCCAGUUCCUCAUCAGCUUCGAGCUCAAGCCAUGGUUCUGUAAAGAAGGCAAAACCAGAGAAACAGCAAGCGGUCUCUCCGCUGCUGGAAAAACUGGGCCAGCGCAAGAACUCGGUGCAGCAGAAGCGCCACUACCGGUCUCAGGGCCAGGAGGAGUCUGCGAGCAGCUCAGAUGAGAGCCCAGCUGCCCGAAGGCCAGCUGGUGACAAGUCGAGAGGAGCUGGACGCAGGAGGGGUGGCCACAGACGAAGUGGCUCAGCGUCGUCCUCUGGUUCUGGAGCCUCGGUAUCGCCAGAGAGACGUAGACCACGGCCAAGUCCUCCACGUGCCAGGCCUUACAGGAGUCCAUCCCCGAGGCACCGUCAUUUGCAGCACCGAAGGAGCAUGAGCCCUGGCAGGAAACACAGGCCAACUCCACCCCCCCCACGCGAAGAGAGGCGUAGGAUGCCUUCACCACCACAUGAACGCAGGCCACCACCUCGCUCUGCUAUGAGUCCGCGUAGGGAACAGCGGCCUACUGCUCAGCAUUCAAGAGGCCAAGCCAGAAGAUCUCGCACUCCAUUGGAACCUGUAGAGCAUUACAGAGAUGUUGACUCAUUGCGGCAAGCACCUCCACAGAACAGUCAUCACAUCAGUCAUCAACAAAAAAAGCCAAGAGCUCCAGUGCGCUCAGAGUCAUCAUCAUCAUCGUCAUCAUCUGUAGAAGAGCCUCCACCACGCAGGAAAGCCCCUCCUGAGGAUGAGUCGGGCUCAAGCUCUUCGUCAUCAGCAUCUCCAUCUCCCGAGAGGCCGGUGAGGCCUCCAGAUUCUGGUAGCCGACGGCAGCAAAACUUGCCUCCAUACAGGAAACCAAUGUCUAAGGAAGCAUCUCCCCCACCUGCCAGAAAGAGCCAGCCAACAGGCAGAGAUCAUGAGUCAUCACGGGAGCGAGAUGUCACUGAUGCGAGACGACCUGCAAAGCAGGAGCCCUCAAGACCGGAGAGGCCUGACCCCGAGUCUGAAUCUGAGUCUUCGUCGGAGUAUGAAGAGGUAGAGGUGGUGGCCAAGAGCCCUCCAGUCUCGUCUGACAGGCAACCUUCAAAGAAGAUUAAGAAGAAGCGGAGAAGGGAGUCAGAGUCAAGUGAUUCUGAGGGGAGCUCUAAGAAGAGGCGGAAAAAACACAAGAAGCACAGGAAACACAAGAAGCAUCACAAGCACAAGAAAUCAGACCGGAAAAGUGAUGAGGAUGAGGACGAUGAGGACGAAGAAAUAAAUGAGGAGAGGUCAGAGGAAGAAAACAAUGCCGAAGAGCUGGAGCGAAAGUUGCGUGAAAAAGCCCUGCGGUCGCUGACUAAGGCCCGGACGGGCAGCCACUCUUGUGACGAUUCACAAGGAAGCUCGACGGCGGUGUUUGUUAAUGUAGCCAAUUGACAGGCAGGCUGGGACAAUGUUUCUUUUUCUCUCUGGAGAAGCUUGCUCACAAUCCACAGUGAACGUCAUGAUGCUUGAGUGAUUGUUCUGUUUGUUUUAUUUUUUUUAUUUUACCUGUGGAGAAAGAUCAGUUUUGCAUGUGGCUUUUCUUUCAAGUCCCUCAUAUAUUUGUGCAUGGCAACUGAUUUGUCUUGAUUGUGUUCAUAUUAAUGAUAUUGCUGUCUCUUCAAAUUCAUAUAAAUGUAUCCCAGGUAGGAGAGACAUCUAAAAAAAGAUUUCGUACCACUACUUGGGCAUGCAUGCUGGUUGUCUUUCCUGUGGUGCACCUGUACAGUUGGCAUGUUUCGUAAUGGGCCAUGGAUGCGAGCGGUCUUGUUUCCUGUUGUAACUUGUGUCCUGUUGUAGCUCCUGCAGUUGUGAUCAUCCUUUAGCAUUGCUAAGUUCUGUUGCUGUUAGCAGCUUAUCCGAAUGUGACAAAUAACAUUGCUUUUCAGUAGUGUGUUGCACUUUGAUUGUUACCAUACAUUUAAUUGAUACAAACAUGUUCACUUCUGGAUUUAUCAGCUGUAUUCCUCAUGUUAUGUUUACAUUGCUGCACAUUCUGCUUUCUCAAGGGAGGGUGGGCUCUGGCUUACAGAAGUGCAUAUUGCUGUUGUGGGCCAGAGCGGCAAGAUUAGUCUAAACUGUACAUUUUGUUUUCUAUAAAAAAUAUUUGCAGAAUAUGUAGUACCAUUUCUCUUCAUUGUGGAUUUUGAGCAGGCUGCUUUCUGUUAGGUGCAUCCAGUGUUUGUAUACUUUGUAUGAUGAAAAACUGCGAAACUGUAUCUUGUAUAAAGCAUAGGGUUAGAUGGAGUGCUUGAUGGAGGUGUGCACGCAUUGCACACUUUGGGAGCAGACCGUCUGGCCACACAGCCAUCACAUUGUACCCUUAGACCCUUGCCUCUUCUCUUUUCACUCUAUUUGAGAGGGAGGGGGCUGAUGAUUGCAUUCGCAAAAUAAAACAAGUUUUUCUGUA